UAUUAUAUGUACAUAUCAUUAUCUUUAUAUGGUUAUACAUUAUUUAAUUUAGUAGAUAAGUUUAGUUCUUUGACGACAGUAUUUAAAGGUGUUAUAACGUGCUAGUAAGAAUUUUGCUGAUAACUCUUUUACAAUGAAUUUUUCCGGUAAAGUAGUAGUUGUUACCGGCGCAAGCUCAGGAAUUGGAGCUGCUACUGCUGUUUUCCUUUCAAAGCUUGGUGCUCAACUAUCACUGAUUGGAAGAAACGUGAAUAAUUUGCAAAAGGUCAAUGAUGACUGUGCAAAGUCAACUUCUACCAUAAGUAUACCUGCGGACUUAACUAUAGAGGGAGAUAUCGAAAAAAUCAUUAAGUCUACCGUCGAUCAUUAUGGAAAAUUAGACGUUCUCAUCAACAACGCAGGUAUUAUCGAAACUGGCUCAAUCGAAAACACGUCUUUGGCGCAAUAUGAUCGUUUGAUGAAUACAAACGUGCGCUCGAUUUAUUAUUUGACUAUGCUAGCUGUUCCUCACUUAUUAAAAACUAAAGGUAAUAUUGUGAAUGUAUCAAGUGUAAACGGAAUUCGUUCAUUCCCUGGAGUUCUUGCCUACAAUGUAUCUAAGGCAUCGGUCGAUCAGUUUACUAGAUGUGUUGCUUUAGAAUUAGCCCCUAAAGGUGUCCGAGUUAAUUGUGUGAACCCUGGAGUUAUUCUGACAGAGCUGCAGCGUCGUGGUGGGUUAAAUGAUGACCAAUAUGCUGCUUUCUUAGAGAGAAGUAAAGAGACGCAUGCAUUAGGUCGUCCUGGAAAACCAGAUGAAGUUGCAGCAGCAAUAGCCUUUUUAGCUAGUGAUUUGGCAAGUAACAUUACUGGUGCUAGUUUGCCAGUUGAUGGUGGUCGCCAUGCUAUGUGUCCUCGUUAAAUGUGCCCGAAUGCCAUAUGAUUUUAUUAAUCAAUUAAUUUUAAGCCAUUUUCUAGUAAUCUUUUUUAUACUUCGAAAACAUUUAUCUAUUAUUUAUUAAAUUUUUAAGAAAAAAUAAAAUUGUUAUAUGUUU